GCGCAGCACUCAAAAAUGGCGAGCGCGGCAACUGUCAACUGUGAGCGUCAAACUCUCAAACAAAUACCGCGAAUUACGAUUUUACUGUCCAAAAACAUACGCUACGCACCAGUUUUGAAUAAUUAAACAAGAUGUUUGAUACCCAAAUAAUCCACACUGAACACAAGGAUGUGAUCCACGAUGUUGCAUAUGACUAUUACGGUCAACGUAUGGCCACGUGCUCCAGUGAUCAGUGCGUCAAGGUAUGGGACCAAAACGAGCAAGGCGUCUGGAGUGUUACUUCGAGUUGGAAAUCGCACUCCGGCUCAGUGUGGCGUUUAUCGUGGGCACACCCGGAGUUCGGUCAGGUGCUGGCAACCUGCUCCUUCGAUCGCACUGUUUCGAUUUGGGAAGAGACCGUCGGCGAGAAGACGAAUCCCGCGAUGCCACCGCAGAAGCGAUGGGUGCGCCGAACGAAUCUGGUUGACUCUCGGACAAGCGUAACGGAUGUGAAGUUUGCACCGAAAACGCAAGGUCUGAUUCUAGCGGCUUGUUCGGCGGAUGGUGUGAUACGCAUCUAUGAAGCGCCCGACAUCAUGAACCUGUCUCAGUGGACACUUUCCCACGAGAUAAGCGUCAAAAUUCCGCUUAGUUGUCUGAGCUGGAAUCCUUCCAUGUUUCGUCUGCACGCACCAAUGAUAGCCGCGGGAAGCGACGAUUCGUCUCAGAGCACCGGUGGCAAAGUGUUCAUUUUCGAGUACAGUGAAAAUUCUCGCCGCUGGACAAAGACGGAAACACUCAAUCAAAUCAUCGAGCCCGUGCAUGAUAUGGCUUUUGCCCCGAACGUAGGCAGAAGCUAUCAUAUCCUAGCCGUAGCCAGCAAGGAUGUCCAAAUUUUCAACCUCAAACCAAUACUGGACCCCACUGCCAGCAGCCGGCUUGACGUGCAGCCUGCUGCCCAGUUUGGCGAUCAUUAUUGCACCGUGUGGCGUGUAACGUGGAACAUCACGGGUACAAUGUUGGCCUCCACCGGCGACGACGGAUGUGUUCGCAUGUGGAAGAUGAACUAUUUGAAGAACUGGAGGUGUACCGCUGUAUUGAAAGCAGAAAAUUCGGAGUCAGCACCGGAAACGUCGGUAACUCCCUCGCUCAAGUCCAGCAUUGUAAACGCUACCGCGAAGUACUACAAGCGAGGAACCAUUAGCCACCCAGGGCAAGUGCCACGGCACUAGUUGUAUGAUUUGUUUUUGAUGA